CGUAAACAAUGUGUGAAAUGCCGUCAAAAAUAUGAUUAAAAAGUAAUUUAAACUUAAUUUAAAAUCCAAUCAUUGAGUGAAUGGUUUGAAUAGCGAUGAGAUUCACACAUAUAUUGCGCUCAUUUAGGCCGGAGUUUGUGGGAUAUAUCCCCAAAUUCAGGGGUAAUGUCGAGAAAGGAAAGCACCGGUAUGUGCCCAAAGUGACCACCGGUAAGAAGUUAUCUCUCUAUACGAAACUGAAACACGAGGAGCAGGUCAUGAAAUACCUGUCCAAACCAUACAUCACUCAAGAACAAGAGGAGGCGUACCUGAAGUCCGUCGGCCGGACUCGACCCCAAUAUUGGGAUGACUUCCUCCGGCAACCUCUUGAGGAACCACUCAAACAGUACUUCGCCGCCGACUUC